AUGAACCCUCACAUAUCUGUUCCCCGCCAACAUGCCAGUCCAUCGAACUUUGGCGGUACCGCCCCUGCUAGUCGCAGAUCUAGUCUACGGAUGCCGCGCUUUUUCAAACGGCUCUUCAAAUUCCCGCAGAUGGACUUUGAAAUGGCAAUAUGGGAAAUGACCUCUUUGUUGAUUGCGCCCAAGAAAGUCUUCAAGUCAAUAUACUAUCAUCAUUUCCACUCAGUCCGUUCGCGGUGGGAAACUGACUGUCCUCCAGAAACCAAAAAUACUUGGCAUCGCCCUGAUCCAUCUUUCACCUACCUGCUCUCCUUCUUUCUCCUCCUAACGGCCCUCGCCUGGGGCCUCGCCUAUGCGCCCUCGUUCGGUUCUAUUGUUCGGCUGUCUUUCAUCUUCGUCUUCAUUCACUUCAUCGGAUCUUCGCUUCUGGUCUCGACUUUAGGGUAUCUCGUGGUUCCCCGGAUUUUCGGCCCUGAAGGGGCCGCAGCCUCAUUUGCUGGUUUUCGAGGUAGUCGCGGUCGGCGGCGCGGCGCGGCGCAAGGCUUAUUCUCGCAGCCCGGCGAAAAGGAUCAGUUGGAGUUUGGCUACUGUUUCGAUGUGUCAAACCGGGCAUUCUUCCCUCUUUACCUGCAUCUAUAUGUAGUGCAGUUCCUUCUUCUGCCACUGCUUACUCGCAAUCCAAGCAACUUCUUGGCCACGUUCCUUGGUAACACGCUCUAUUUGUCCGCAAUAACAUAUUACACCUACAUCACGUUCUUGGGAUACAAUGCACUUCCGUUCCUGCAUAAUACUGAGCUGCUCUUGCUCCCUAUUCUGGCCUUUGCUAUCUUCUGGCUCGUUAGCCUGGUUGCCGGUUGGGGUCUGGUUAUGCAAGGCCGGAGUGUGGAGUGGUUGGUUUGGGGCGCAUAAGCACCGCUUCAUCCCCUUCUCUCGCUCGAAAUCAUUCGCUCCGCUUCAGCCGGACCCUUGUCUUCGUUGCCAUUUCCGCGAAUCACAGCAAGCUUUCUUACUAUUUUUCUGCUCAGCGCUGGCGUAUAUGUGAUCUCGUGUUCAUUGGUAAUUAUAUCGUCAGUUACGCAUGGUCAGAUGCCAAUGCCAAUGUCCAUUCAUCUCUUUUUUUUUUGGGCACGAAAUGCCCGCUCAAGACCGAAGGCGCUAGCGUUAUUCCCUUUAACAAGCCCUUCUUCAGGAGCAAGCGUCGUCCUCAAUUGCCGAAACGGAAAGGUGUUGGGGCUGAGGUGGGCGAGGGGGCACCACCUUUGUACUGUACAACAUGGCUCCUAGCUACACAUGAUGCAUCAACUUGUUGUGUCCAUGUAAUCUUGCAUUGCUAUUUGAUUUCGAUUGAGGGAUCUGAGAGGGAAUUCAAUGGCCAAAAGUUA